GACGAGGGAGCGAGCGCGAUCGUGCGCCGCGCUCUCUGUGCACCCGAUCGGCGCCGCCGUCAGCAGACAGGGAAUGGCGAUGGAAGCUGCGUUCCGCGAACGACGUAAUUCACGGUCCCUCACGUCACGGUCCGGCACGGCCCUGAGCGCAGUUUUCUUCGACCUGGACAAUACCCUCGUGGAGACCAGGAGAGCCGACGGUCAGGCUUGCCGCAAGCUGGCUGAGGAAUUGACACGGGAAUACGGCAUUCCGGAAGAUGCGUCCGCCAAGAUAACGGCCACGUAUCUGAAGCAAUUUAGAAAAUGCCCGGACAACGCGACGCUCACGUUGGAUGCUUGGCGUACCAUCCUGUGGAACAAAGCGCUGGGCCACAAGUACUCGCAUCUCGCGAAAAAAGUUUACGAAAGAUGGCUCUAUUUAAGAUAUCACUACAUGACUCCGGCGCCGAGCACGGUCUCGAUGCUGCGUCAAUUCAGGAACAAGUAUCUGCUGGGUCUGAUCACCAACGGUCCGUCGAACGCCCAGUGGGAGAAGAUACACAAACUGUCGCUGGAGCAGUACUUCGAUAUUAUCCUGGUGUCCGGUGAUCUGCCGUGGGAGAAGCCGGAGGCGGAGAUAUUCCAGAAGGCUUGCCGUUAUCUUAACGUGAGACCCGAGGGGUGCAUCAUGGUCGGCGACAAGCUGGAGACCGAUAUUUUAGGUGGAAUCGAGGCUGGCCUGUCCGGAACAGUGUGGCUACCUACCACGGAUAAGCCUCGUCUCUCGGGAGACGAUCCUAAACCAGAUUUUAUAAUAAGACACGUAACGGAACUUCUCCGCAUAUUGGAGAGAGGUCCAAACGCGCCGGAACUUGAAGACUGCUCUUCAAAUGGAUCCGAUGGCAGCUAAUGAGGAGCUGGAUGUUAUAUUGAUAUAUUUUUUUGUUUCUAAAGGCUCGAUGCUUAUAAGCCUUUAAUGUCUUAUUAAGCAAGGUUUCUCAGAUUUUUUUGUUAUAUUAUUUGUGUUAGCGUUGUUUUUUUUUUCUAUUGUAUAUGUUUGACGUAUACAAUAGCACUAUUCUCAGAGGAGAAAGUAGAUUUUAAUAUAUUGAGUUACAUUUAAAAAUAUUAUUUUUUUAAAGUUUUUUAUAACUUUAAUACACUCUUCAAACAUAUACGAAACUUUCAUAGAAUAUUGCUAUAAUCUAUACGCUACAUAUAAAGUUUAUCUCUAUAUUUCGUACGAUUGAAUACGAAAAAGCAGUUUAAAACAAAUUUAGUUAUUUUGAUAAUAUUAAUAUUUUAUACAAAAAAAGUUGUUUUAGAUGACGAGAGAACCACCGCAUGUUAUAUUUGUAGUUAUUUAACAACUUACCGAAUUAAUGUCGCAGAUAGAUGCCAAGUGAGAUAUUUUUCAGUUACCUUUUCGAAGUUACCUUCUCGAAGUUAAAAUAACCGUAGUGUACCGAGUAAAGAGGGAGACGGAACUCAAUGUACAAAACAAAAUGCGCAAACAGAGCCAGUAGUUGUAGGUAAACGAACAAAAUGAGAACAUGGCAACUAUAUAUAUAUAUACACACAACUAUUAUAUUGUAUGACUUUAAAAAAAAGAACCGCGCUGUAAUAUAUUGUAUUUAAGAUAUCCGCAUAAUAAUAUUAUAUGGAUUUCCUGUUGUACAAACGCGUAACAUUUGUGUAUCUGUACAUAGAUGUGCACGGAACGGUUGUAUAUAACGAUUACAAAUGUGCAUGGUAUCUAUUUUUUCAUAUGUAUAUUUUAUCUCUGUUGAGAAUUCAGCUUGUUGGACAUUCUACAGACCACAGAUCCUCAUACAGACGUAUUGCGAAACCUGAUGAUAAGAGAACAGUUGUGUAUGAAUAAAAAAGGAAUAUGUAUGUAAGAAA